CCCCUGGGCCCACCAGCCCAACUUGCCGCUGCCGGCCUGACCUCGCUCCCCACGCUGCUGCCCAGACACUAGGCUCUAAGCCUCGGACUUCAGGAUGGGGGAUGAGGAGAAACGCAACAGGGCCAUCACGGCCCGGAGACAGCACCUGAAGAGUGUGAUGCUGCAGAUCGCGGCCACCGAGCUGGAGAAGGAGGAGAGUCGCCGUGAGACGGAGAAGCAGAACUACCUGUCUGAGCACUGCCCCCCACUGCACAUCCCCGGCUCCAUGUCUGAAGUGCAGGAGCUCUGCAAACAGCUGCACGCCAAGAUCGACGCUGCUGAGGAAGAGAAGUAUGACAUGGAAGUGAGGGUCCAGAAGAGCAGCAAGGAGCUGGAGGACAUGAACCAGAAGUUGUUCGACCUGAGAGGCAAGUUCAAGAGGCCCCCGCUGAGGAGGGUGCGCAUGUCCGCUGACGCCAUGCUGAAGGCGCUGCUGGGCUCCAAGCACAAGGUGUGCAUGGACCUUCGGGCCAACCUGAAGCAGGUCAAGAAGGAAGACACCGAGAAGGAGCGGGACCUGCGUGACGUGGGCGACUGGCGCAAGAACAUCGAGGAGAAGUCUGGUAUGGAGGGCCGGAAGAAGAUGUUUGAGUCCGAGUCCUAGGCGGCUCGCCCGGCACCGGCCCGGAGCUCCCAGUGCCCCACGGCACUGGGACAGGGCUUGUCUACGUGGUCAAUAAAGGAUUCCAAUCCCCGUGA